AUGCGUGAUAUAACAGAUGAAUUGGUAGAACAUGCCCAUCAACUAGAAGUUCGUUUCAUGAAAUUAGAUCUUAGACUCAAACAUCCUGAUCAUAUUUGUGUAGCACAAGAAUUUUUUGAAAAACUUCAAUCUAUCAAUAUUUUAGAACAAACUGUUUCAGAUCUCGAGAAUAAAUUUGCACAUGUUUUUGAAUUAAUUAAUGGAGCCGACAAAAUCGAAUAUUGGCAUCAAGAGUCUCUUGAUUAUCAUGAUGCUUUAAACUGUAAAUUAGAACAAGUAAAAAUUUCUGGUCAAAACAAAGAUUUAAGAACUCAAAUGACUAUAGCAUAA